UUCUCACUUCUUGUUGAAAUAUUUCGUGUAGACCGCGGCUUCAUUCUCGGGACCUCGUAAAAAGCACCUUCGGCCAUGUUUGUGACGACAAUUAUUAUUUCACUGUCUAGAGGCAUAAUGCAAUCUAAUCUACGCCAACCUUAUGGCAAUACGUUGCCGCUCACGAGCUAGAGAAAAUCGCAUAUCACGCUCGUGAAAUUUUUCCGUAGAUCACAUACAUGUCAACUGAGAAUUUUUGCAUGAGAUCUUCGGGCCGUCGAUUACUGACAUUGAUUCGGUGAAGGAAUCCGAUACGUUGUUGCGAGAGUUAAAGUCUGCUACAACUCAAGGUGCUCCACUGGCUCCCAGUGACAUUUAGCUUACCGUCCUUCUCCAUUCAACCGGAUGUGCAUUUUACAAUUAGCCCGGCCCAUAGAAAUCACCGAAACGGACAAUUUUGUAAGUUUUUGAGAUCUACCCCUGUUAGGCAGGCAAACCGCUAUAGCUUUGCUCUCCCGGGGUUGCAAUCUUGGUUCCACUUCUUGAAAAAGUUAAUGAUGGAUCAGCUUGGAGAGGGCCAAGCCGUCAUGGUUGGAGGCGCAGGUGGUACAGUCCAAGUCGUACAAAUGGGUCAAGGAGGCCAAGCGAUGAUGCUCCCACAAGCUAUUCAAGUAGCGGCGCCAAAUGGUCAAAUUCAAGUUCUCCCGGUCUCGAGUUUGGCGGGUGCAGGGCAACAAAUUGUUAUACAGCAACCGCAAACCCCACAAAUUAUUCAAACUCCAGAUGGACAGACUUACAUCUAUCAACCUGUUCAGCUUGAAGGACAAGUUCAACAGGCACAGCAGCCGACUGUAAUAAACAUCAACGGGAAUCUGAUGCAAAUUGCUAGCUCCACAACCCAGGCGACAGCUUCGGCAGCCACAUCGAAUCCAGUGCAACCGAUGUCGAGUCCAACAGCAACGACACAGGCAGGAAAUAUAGUCAUGAUGGUACCUGGAAACAGCGGACAACCUCAGUUUCAAAGAGUAGCAUUACCUAACGCAGAAUUUCUUGAAGAGGAGCCACUUUAUGUUAAUGCCAAGCAGUAUAGGCGUAUUUUGAAAAGGAGACAAGCACGGGCGAAGCUAGAAGCUGAGGGAAAGAUACCUAAGGAACGGCCUAAAUACCUUCAUGAAUCGAGACAUCGACACGCUAUGAACAGAAUUCGAGGCGAAGGAGGCCGAUUCCAUUCUGGUCAAGUGAAGAAACGAAAAAUGCAACGCCGCAGUCCUUGCCAAACAUAAUCGCACAUGGAGACAUAAUAACGACGGAUUUCUGAGUAAAAUUGAAAAGUGAGUGAUGUAUACGACUUUACAUAAAAUGUUGAUUUACUCUUGCAACAAAGAUUUGUUUUUAAAUCUACGGUUGCAAGCAACUUGACAAACAUCACUAGGGCAUUGACUCAUCGAACAUGUAUAUAAACAUAAUUCUUUUAAGCAAUCGCUUCUAUUUCCACAUUUCACUUAUUCUUACAUUUUCAGUUUUUGAUUUUGUUCAGAAAAAAAUUGGAAGCAACUUAAUAUUAAAGAAAAUCGGGUAUAAUUCAAUGGAUCGACUAUAAUCUAAUACAUACAGUCAAUCCUAAUGUAAGGAUAGCGAUUUUAGAUUGUAACCGAAAUUUCGUAUAUGUUGAAAACCCCUUACAAAUUUAUAUACAGUAGACCCUACGACACUUCUCGUUUCACGAUUUCUUCUUCAUUCACUUGCUCUCACUCCUUGUCU